UGCCCGGCAUGCCAUUGUCAACACCUUUACUCUUUAUGUCUCCAGCCCGCCAGAGUCAUUUUUGGUUAAUUUGCUGUGGGUCAUCGUCGCUUAAGCAUUUUCGUUUCACGCAGUAAAAGAACAUAGUUUCAACCUCAUAAGAGUAAAGAAAAAACAUGGCUAUCUCUCUCAAUCCACCGUAACAAAUCUUCUCAGUUUCUUUCUCUCUCUCAAUAUUCUCCAAAUUCCUUCUAGACAAAUAUAUGGGUCUUUUGGGAUUGUUCAAAUCAAUCGACUGGGAAUCCGAGUCUUAUCCACAACUCAAUGAUUUCGUGCUCCUUCCUUUCUUUGCUUUUCUCUUCCCUUCUGUCAGGAUUUUCCUAGACAAAUUUGUCUUUGAGAAUCUGGCUAGGAGACUGGUCCUUGGCAAAGCCCACACCUUGCAGGAUGUUCAAAGGCAUGAUAACAGGAAGAAACUCAAUAAAUUUAAAGAGUCAGCAUGGAAGUGUGUCUACUUUUUUUCAUCAGAAAUUUUGUCUAUUUAUGUUUCCUAUGGUGAGCCUUGGUUUACCAAAACAAAGUACUUUUGGGAAGGGCCCGGUGAACAGGUUUGGCCUGAUCAAAAAAUUAAAUUGAAGCUGAAAGGAUUGUACAUGUAUGCUGGUGGAUUUUAUACAUACUCCCUAUUUGCAUUGAUUUUUUGGGAGACAAGGCGUUCAGACUUUUUGGUGUCCAUGCUUCAUCACAUAGCAACUAUCAUUCUCAUUUUUCUAUCUUACAUAUUCAGGUUUGGUCGUGUAGGUUCAGUUACUUUAGCCCUUCAUGAAGGGAGUGAUGUGUUCCUAGAAUUUGCAAAGAUGUCAAAAUAUAGUGGCUUUGAAUGGCUUGCUAGUUUCUCAUUUGUUCUUUUUGCUCUCUCUUGGACCAUUUUUCGAAUGAUACUUUUUCCAUUCUGGAUAAUCAGGAGUACAAGCUAUGAAGUUCUUUUGAUAUUGGACAAGGAGAAGCACAUGGUGGACGGAUCCAUAUACUAUUAUUUAUUUAACACUCUUCUCUUCUGCUUGCUUGUUGUUCAUACUUAUUGGUGGGUCUUGAUGAUAAGAGUUAUUAUGAGACAAAUCCAUUCUGGAGGAGAAGUUGAUGAUGUUCGAUCAGAUUCCGAAGGUGAAGAUGAACAUGAUGAUUGAAUAAGAAAAGAUUUCGGAACACCAUUUAUACUUGUUUAUCAUUGUUUUCAACACUUUGCAAAAGUAAUUUUCUUUCAACCCUAUGUAUUUUCUUCCCAUUGGUGGAUGUGAUUAUUGUAGUUCUUGCAUAAAAUUUGGAGCAUUGAUUUAGUCAUUGUUCCCCGUAACAUUGAGUUUCUGACAAUUCUCAAGUAGUUGGUUUGUCUUCUUAUUCAAAAUUUCCUUUGAUGAAAAGGCUCAUCAAAAGGCACUUUGAUAAACAUUGGAUAAAUGGCUGUUACAACUCAUAAGAUAUAUUUAUCUUUGUCAAAGGAAGACGGAAAGGCUGAAGGCAACAUGGGCAGAAACUAGCCGCCUUUUUAUUUUAAUCUUGCUUUACUUUUGUAGGUUAGAUUUUCGUCCUUAAUGAGUUAGGUUCAAAUUGCAUGGGCUUCAGGCCACUGUAACUUUAUUCUCCAUGAACUUCUAUGCUAAGAACUUCUCUAAAGGCCGAAGAAAUUUUAAAACCUAUUAAAGGUGACCUUUAUAAUAUAUCUGAAGAAAACUUGUGAAAUUGAUUCAAAACAACGAUCAAAAUUUGCUUCACCACCCAGAAUCUACCAUACAUUCUUGCUUUCAUUCUUAUAUAGUACAUACUAUUUCUAUGCUUCUAUCAAUGGGAUUGGAGGUGUUCCCAACAGCAUCUAACUUCUCUGAACUCUGGUUUUGCGUUAGCAACUAUCCCUUGAGCUUUUGGAAUGAUCAAACAAUGUCGUUCAGUGUUGAGGGUUGAUGUUGUUUUUGCAUACUUAUUCCUUCUUAUACUGAAAAUUCAUUGGACUCUGCCUUGCCUUCCUGUUAUAUACGUAUACAAUGUUCAGUGUUGAGGGUUGAUGUUGCUUCGCAUUUAGAGGAGUUUAUUCCAGUUUACACCUCCUGCAACUCGAGUCCCUUUUCCUUUUUAAAGGAAAAAGGGAGAGCAAAAAGCAGUUCCAGGCAAAAAAAAAAAAAAAUGAGGAAGAGAAGCAUGAGGCCAGAAAUUCUUGAUAGAGAAUGUAUAUCACUUACCUUUAUAGAGAAUAUAGGUAUUUUUCAUCGGUCUAUCUUGAUGUUGGUGAAUUCCCAUUUUAUAACAUUAGUCACAGCCAUGGAAGGAAUCGGUUUUGAGUGCUUUUGUCAUUGGAAGAAAGAGACCCCAGCCCAGCCAAUGGCAAUGCUGAAACAGAUGCACAUACAUUGGCCUAUGCAGAAAACGAGGACUUUUGAGAAGUUAUUCCACUUGGGAGUUAUCAAUUAUCAAAAUAGCUGUUGAAAUUCAGAAUAAAACGACAAAUAAAAUUUUGUUUGAACAAAGAAGAAGGAAUGACACCAAAUAAAAAGGGCUGCCGUUGCUUGACCAUGCAGACUUCCAGCUCUGCAAAAUCAUUAGACCUCUUGCCUUAACUCGCUUGA